AUGUUUGGAGUUCUCUUCCCCGACCACAGGGAGGCAGCGUUCGCUAACUACCGGCUGUGGGAGUCGGUGGGCUUCCUGCUUGCCUUUGGCUACAGUUCCCACCUGUGCCUGUCCACCAAGACCUACCUGCUGCUCUCCUCGCUGGUCCUCUCCAUGCUCACCUACCCCCUGGUGGAGCUCCUGGCCCGGAGGGAGGCGCGGUACCGCCUAGUAGCAGCAGAGAAACUCUAGUACAGAUCCCAAUUUACUGUUUGUAGCAGCAGAGAAUCUCUAGUAGGCUACAGAU